AUGGAAGUGGAAAAUUCAAUAGCAGAACGGAAACCCAUGAAUGUACCCACAAAUGCCAUGAAAAGGGCCUCCCUCAAUCCAUCACUGGCCAGCAGCACUGUGGAAAAUGUCAUCUAUCCCCCCUCGCACCAAUACCACUACAUUCAAUACUAUCAGCAGCCUGCCAUCAAUCAAUAUGCAAAUCCCAUUUUGCAACCCACCUGCCAAUCCCAGAACUCCCAGCGAGGACUGCAUUCCCAUCAGAAUAGCAUUGAUGCAGCGGUGAUUGUACAUCGGCAGGCCAGUGGCAGUAAUAGUAGUUCCGAACCGCCCAACAAUUCCGAUUUGCCACAGAAAUCUCAAUCGGAAACUUCAUUGCUCAAUCAUUCAUAUCAGGCCCUCAAAAUGACAGAAUCCCUUCAAGAGAAUCUCUUGGAUAGUUCACCGAAAAUACUCAAAUCGCAGGCCUCCAGCUGUGACUGUGAUUUGGAGUGUACAUGUGGCGUCGUCGGUGGCGGCGGGGGUGAAGCGGGCAAAGCCACAUCAACUGACAACGAAGAUCUUACCUCAACAUCAUCGCCCAAUCGCAAAGAUCAAAUGAAACAACAAUUCGUUUUAUCCGAAGCUAUGCUGACCGCCGAUGAGAUUACUGUCAGUGAAUCGGAUAAUAACAGCAGCACUGUGAAGCGUUGUGAACGCAAUAAAAAUAAGAAAUCUUGCGGCCUGCCCCAUAAAAGUUCCUCCAUAGCGGAUGAUUUGAAUUAUCACAAUGCCAAUAACAUAGAUAUUUAUUGUGAUGGUGAUGCUGAGGCCAUAACCGAGGCAUGUCUGAAAGAGACGAAUGGUGUACCGGGUGGUAAUUCCGAUUUGAGACCGCCAUUACCACCAAGACCACCACCGAGACCAAAAACGGCAACGGGAUCAUUGAAUGGUGCUCGUGGUCGUCCUGGUAUGGUGAUCAAAAAAUAUGUGGUCUGGUGUUUGGUUUGCGGUGGUUUCUCCUGUAUAUUGGGCCUAUUGUUUUUAGGCGUUUACUUCCUGUUACAUUCGUACACCAUAACGGUGGGAAAUUUCGAAACUGUACCCACCUUUGUACCCGCCACUUUGUUAAUUUUAACCGGCCUCUGCGUAAUGAGCUUGGCUCGCCGACGUAAUCGUUACAGCUAUUUAAUUAAACUAUCCGGAGCCUGUGGCCUAAUUUCGGCAUUGACAUGUGCUUUGGUCACCGUCACCACCACAGUAUUACACAUGAGCCGUCUGCAGGCCUUGCGAGAAUGUGAAUAUGCCCAAAAGACAAGAACGUGCACCUGUUACUCGGAUAUGAUAGAAUCUCAAGUGGAUCGUGUGGAUAAAGAAGGUGUUCGUUUAGUAUUCGAUUCACUCUCCGAUUGUGGGGUCGUUCAUGGUUCCCUCUACUCCUGCUUAAGAGCAAUAUUUGGUUUAUCUGUAGCCGGUGUAUUGGUAGCUGUAUUCAGUUGUAUGCUGGUCUAUCAAUUGCUAAGUCAUGAACGCAAAAAAAUGUAUUGGGAACAAUUGGAGCUGCGUUGUCGUUCCCUCUACACCCGUCCACAAAUGCCACCACAAAAUAUAGCUGCUGCGGCAGCACCACACGGCUGUCGUUGCUGCGAACAAUGUCAUGCCCAUAGACAGGUGCCGCUGCAAGCUGCCGCCUAUCCCUGGGACGAAAGCAGCGAACCACGUUUUUGGUCAACACAGCCGCCGGGAAACUUCUAUUCCCCCAAUCCUGGGGGUGAUGAUCUGAUGGGUUUGACCAACACUUGUCGACGUCAUGAAAUUACCACGGGCCGUGGCAGAGGUAGUGGCUGGAGUUGGAAUCGUUGGUGGCAACGUAGUUCACCGGAUCCUAAUUCACGUUUUCGCCAAACUCCCUCAAGUCCUGAUUCACAAUAUGGUUUUUCGAAUAGCAAUGUUAUGGCUGGCAAUGCCAUUGCCGAAGAUGUCAAUCCGGUGGCCAAUGGUAAUCCACAACAGUUUAAUGUGUUAUCUGGUAAUUUGCCCUAUGGCGUGUGGGGUCCACCACCACCUUAUAGUGAUCCAAAUAGUCCAGCCAGAAGAGGUUAUUACCAAUACAUACAGCCACCACAUCACCAUGCUGCCAAUACCACAAAUGGCAAUCAAACCGGGGGUGGGCCCAUCGUCAAUGCCAAUAUUACAGAACCACCAAAUGCCGGAUUUAUGGAACAACCGGCUGCAUCAAACUGUUGUCAACAAAAUUCCAUUGCCAGAUCGAGUGCAUCCACUGUCGGUAGUGUGGGAAAUUUCAAAUCCAAAGUGGAAUAUGAAAAUACACCUUCGGACAGCGAUUGCGGUAGUAACAUAAGGGAACGUGAUCGAUUUUCCAAUACCUUGCCCACACGUAAGAUUAAGAAACGUUUGGAUCCGGGCAACAAAAGUAUUGGUCCAAAUUCCCAAAGUGCUCAACGGGUAAAUGUGCAACAGGUCUUCUCCUCGAAUGCUGUGUGCGGCAAUGCCGAGGAGGAACAGGAAUAUCACGAACCUCAACUUUUGAGUGAAGAUGUGCAACAACAGGGUCAGCCACAGCAGCAGCAACAACAACAGCAGCUAAAUAAAUGUGGCGUUGAGAAUUCAGGAUUCCAAAAUAGCUGUGAAUCAACCAAUACUGCUGCACAACAAAUGGAGCAACAAGCGGGAGAAAAUAGUGAUCCCACCGAAUCGGAAGUCUAUUUUGCCGAUGUCAGUAGCUGCUGUAAUAUGUCGGUGAAGAAUGAUCACUAUUAUGAGGAUACCAGGGCAUCACAGAGAACAUUAAUACCUCCGCCCAAUGGCAAUCACAAUUCGCAUGGGCAUCCACACCCCCAUCACCACCACCAACAUCAGCAUAGCAAUUGUAGCAGCAGCAGUACUAAUGAGGACUAUUUGGCUCAACGUUUUGGGCCACGUGAGAACUCAAUUCGCAGUCGACUUCCUUUCCCCCAGAAUCCGCAUGCGAAUGAUGGAUUUGUGGAAAACAUGAAAAUACAGGGAGGUCCCCAAAAGGAAGCACACAUACCAAAAGAUCCUUCGUGUCAGAGUAUGUGUUCCGUGGAAUCAGAGGCAAAGACUGAAUUUACUGAUCUCUCACCAAUGACACCAUGUGGUCAGAAGCACAAUCAGUUGAAUGAUUUUGCGGCAGACACCACCAUCAAUCAGGGUCAAGUUACACCGACAAAUUUUGUUGCCACAUAUCCGUAUUCAUCGGAAUCACAAAGUCUGGAAGCCCACCGUCGUUCAACGAAAAAUCUUACCGAAGCGCAUUAUGAAGUUAUUGAUGAUCAACAGCCGAUACAACAGCAACAACAGCCAGUGAAUCGUAAUGUUAGCAGGCCAGGUGUUACGGCAAGUAAUAAACCAAGAACUCCACAAAAACCAUCCAGAAAGGAUAAUAGCGAUCGUGAAUGGUCGGAUAAUAGCACAAGUGAUCGAAAUCGUUUAUGA